CUAUGUGACCCUUGCUGUGAUCGUUUCCCUUUCCAGCUACGGCUCCAAUCGAUGUGUGGGGGCUCGAUGCAGCAGCCUGUUCGUCGGAGCGGUCCUCGGUCUAGGUUGUUGCCGCCGCCGCCGCCUGCUCCGCUCCCGCUGUCUUUGCCGGCACAGCUCCCUAUCGACGGUGUCGGGCCUCCAGCAACCAUUUUGAGCGGAGAUCGAACAAGGCCCAAAGAAGGGCUGACUGCUGGAAGAGCACCCAUGCUCACCAUGUAUAGACCAAAAGUAGGCCUGAAAGACAGGCAACAGCUUUACAAACUGAUUAUUAGUCAGCUGCUAUAUGAUGGAUAUAUCAACAUUGCUAAUGGUCUGAUAAAUGAGGUAAAGCCACAGUCUGUAUGUGCACCCUCAGAACAGCUUUUGCAUCUUAUUAAAGUGGGAAUGGAAAACGAUGAUAGUGCAGUUCAGUAUGCAAUUGGGCGCUCUGAUACGGUAGCUCCUGGCACAGGGAUUGACUUGGAGUUUGAUGCAGAUGUACAGACGAUGUCCCCAGAAGCUUCUGAAUACGAGACAUGUUAUGUCACAUCUCACAAAGGACCAUGUCGCGUAGCUACCUAUAGCAGAGAUGGACAGUUAAUAGCUACAGGAUCAGCUGAUGCUUCAAUAAAAAUUCUUGAUACAGAGCGAAUGUUGGCAAAGAGUGCUAUGCCUAUUGAGGUUAUGAUGAAUGAGACAGCUCAGCAGAACAUGGAGAACCACCCUGUUAUUAGGACUCUUUAUGAUCACGUGGAUGAAGUGACAUGUUUAGCUUUCCAUCCAACAGAACAAAUCCUUGCCUCUGGUUCAAGGGAUUACACACUUAAGUUGUUUGACUACUCAAAACCAUCUGCCAAAAGAGCCUUCAAAUACAUCCAGGAAGCAGAAAUGCUGCGUUCUAUCUCUUUUCAUCCUUCUGGAGACUUCAUACUUGUCGGUACCCAGCAUCCUACCCUGCGGCUAUAUGACGUCAAUACUUUCCAGUGCUUUGUAUCUUGCAAUCCUCAAGAUCAGCAUACAGAUGCCAUAUGCUCGGUUAAUUACAAUGCAAGUGCUAACAUGUAUGUAACAGGCAGCAAAGAUGGAUGCAUCAAAUUGUGGGAUGGCGUUUCAAAUCGGUGUAUCACUACUUUUGAGAAAGCGCAUGAUGGGGCUGAAGUCUGCUCUGCCAUUUUCUCCAAGAAUUCCAAGUAUAUUUUGUCGAGUGGAAAAGACUCUGUAGCCAAGCUAUGGGAGAUAUCUACAGGGAGAACACUAGUCAAAUAUACAGGAGCUGGUUUGAGUGGACGCCAAGUUCACAGGACACAGGCCGUCUUCAACCACACAGAAGACUAUGUGCUUCUUCCAGAUGAAAGGACCAUCAGCCUGUGCUGCUGGGACUCACGGACAGCUGAACGAAGGAAUCUUCUUUCCUUAGGGCAUAACAGCAUUGUUCGCUGUAUUGUCCAUUCUCCUACCAAUCCUGGCUUCAUGACUUGCAGUGACGACUACAGAGCUCGAUUUUGGUACCGAAGGUCAACCACAGACUAAAGCUGCACCUGUGAAAUAGUUGCCUGAAUUUUAUUCCCUUUUUUAUUAUUAUAAAUACAUGACUCUCUUUUUACCAUAGUGAGUUUAAGUAGUUUGGACAUAUAUCUCCCCCCUCUAGGAAUAAAAACAAUUGUUAACAAGAAAGAUGAUUUUAAAGUUGUGUCCACAUAUUGAAACCCAGGAUUGCUUAAAAUGUUUUUUUUUCCCCUUAUCUAACUGCACACCUUCAUUAGUCAAACUUGGUCUUCUGUUUUUUUAAAACUCUUAACUUCCUUUGCUCUAUAAAUAGUUAAUUGCUGUUUAUUAUCAUCUCUGGCUUGGAAUUUUGUGCCAUACUUUUGUGUUUUUCAAAAAUUAUUUAGAUGAUGCAGAUCAGUUAACGUAAAGUUCUCAUUAAAACUCAUUCUUAGAAU